AUGGCGAAGAUCUCCGCUUCAGUCACUCUCGUGCUCGUCGCGCUUCUGUCCAUCCACCUCGCCCGCGCGUCGUCCACAGUCGACGAUGCGAAGAAGAGCAGCUCCGAUACAAGCAAAUCGUCUUCGAGCAAAAGCACGGUGGGACCACCGCAGGUGUUCGCGUUCGGAGACCAGUACCUGGACACGGGAAUGACAAACCACCUCGAGUCCGCCGGAUGGAGGGCUGACAUGGAGCCGUACGGCAUCGGCUUCAAACAAGCUCCGGGCCGGUUCUGCAACGGCCGACUCACCAUCGACCUCAUCACCGAGGACAUGGGCAGCGACUACCUGAUGCCGUACAUCACCAAGUCGCUCGUCUCAAAGCAGGGCACCAGCUUCGCCACGGCAGGCGCCGGCACCAAGCCCUGGAUCAACAGCAACCAGACGUGGAGCUUGCAGCAUCAGCUGGAGUUCUUCAGCCAGUACGCUGCCGACCGCAGGGGAAUGAAAUUCAACACAGCAGUCUUCGUUAUCAGCAUCGGCACCAACGACUAUCUCGACGCGAUUCUAGGGGACGGAGGCGACAAGGCGGCAGCAGACCUCGUCUCGUCCACCACCAACGCCAUCGUCGACGCGAUUCUCGUUCUCUUCAAGACCACGCGCGCCACUAAGUUUGUUGUUUACGACUUGGCCCCUCUCGGAUGCAUUCCCGCCGUGCGCUUAGCCAAGGGUCUCGUGAGCGAGUCCGCCGGGUGCUACGAGCCGGCCAAUCAGAUCGCGGCGGAGCACAACCAGGCGCUGUCGAUGAAGCUGGACAAGCUGCGGGCGGCGGGAGUGAAGGAUUUGAUUCUUUUCCGCAUGUCGAGCGGAUUUGAGAACCUUCUGCUCAAGGACGGAACUGCUUUCACCAGCAAGCUCACUCCCUGCUGCCAGGGCGAAACCCCCAAGGGCGAGAGAAUUUCUUGCGGGCAGACCGUGGAGGAGGGAGGCAAGAACUACACCGCAUCAGUGUGCGACGAGCCGGCUAAGUCCGUGUGGUGGGACGACUAUAACCCUACCGAGGCUGCUAAUAACGCGCUAGAGUUCGUUCUGUGGAACAGCAACAGCAUCUUGUAUGUGCGGCCCAACGGUCUCAAGCAGGCUCUGGAGUAA